AUUAUCGAAGUUCAAUAUUCGGGCGUGUUUCCUUUUAAACUGAAUAUGUUAAAGAAAUUGGUUAGAGAAUACAAUUAUAAUUCUCAAAAUAAUAUAAAAUGAGAGUUUUACAGAUAAACUACUAAGUGGGUGAAAGAUUUUUGACUAUUUAAGGAACAUCUAAAGACAAAUGGAUUUUAGUUUAUAUCAAAACAUUUAAAGCAUAUAACAGAAAAUGUUUCACCAAUUAAAAACACAACGUGCCACAUUUCUUUCAAUGGCUAUAUUUGCUGUUGUAAUUCAAAUGGCCAACACCGAGGAAUCAGUUUCCCAGCUGAUUCCUUGUAAACUUAACGAUCCCAAUAAUGGACCAUGCUUAAGAGACUUACUGCAACACUUGCUAUUAAGUGCCACAACAAACAAUUCCAUUGAUCCUUACAAGCUAAAAAAGGCUCGAGUUACCGUGGACAAUCCAAGCAUUCGCCUCAAUAUGAAUCUAACACAUGUCAUUAUUAAUGGGUUAUCGCAGGCAAAAAUGACUGACGUUAGUACCAGUGAUGGCGAGAGCUUUGUUCUAAAUGUAAAAAUUCCCAAAAUCCAUAUAUCCGGUAAUUAUGUGAUGGAUGGUCAGGUAUUACUUUUAAAUCUUGCUGGAAAAGGCGAAUUCGACGUAGACUUCAGUGAUAUAGACGUACGAUUUAGCCUAAUUGCAAAAAUAGUCGAUCGUGAUGAGGAGCACUACUUCAAUGUGGAAACCCUCAAAUCUAAAAUCAAGCAUUUGGGCAACAUGCAUGUCGCCUUUGCCAAUCUCUUUGGCAGCAACCAAGCUCUUACCGAAAGUGCCAACGACCUGUUCAAUCAGAAUUGGAGAGAAUUGGUUGAAAUUCUGCGCCCUGUUAUUGAAGAAUCCAUGGAUACAUCUAUUCGAACACAGGCCAAUAAGAUAUUUAGCAACAUUCCGGCCAAAAGUAUAAUACUGGAUGCAAAAUAAAGUUCAAAUGAAUGGAUAUUGUAGCAUUUUAGAAUACAGUUUCUUAAUAUAUUUUUAA